UUCGCAUCUGUAGUGUGGCGGAGUAUCUCACUCUGCAUCAUGGCUGUGGAAGAUGCAGCUGCCCGGUCCCGAACCGCCCUCUUCCCCAGGGUACCUUUCUCCCCAGCCCGGCUGCUGUUCCUCUCUCUCCUCUCCCUCUGCCUCAUCCCCUCCCCGUCCCUCGCCCUGCUCGGCUUCCGUCCGGAGGAGACCGGGGGAGAGCUGUCCGUGGACGACGGGGUGCUGAAAGCCACCGAGGGAACCCGCUUCAUGCUGCGGGUCUACUACGCCUCCUCCCCACAGAGGCUCAACCGGACUGCUGGGGCCAGAGCCAACGCCGCUCCCUGGAUAGCCUUCAUGGAGGAGCCAAGGCCGGGGAGAGAGGGGCAGGUCCACCCGAAGAGGAAUAUGUGCAUGGAUAAAAACGCCAGGAGCUCGGAUAUUGAGAUCUUGGGCUCUUUCAAGUCCGCUUCGAGUCAGAACUCCGUGUUGGUGGAAGUAUUGGCUAAGAACCUGCGCAGGGGAGAGAAGAUGAAGUACUAUUCCAUGUGCGCCUUCGACGGGUCCAAAUGGGAACACUACCGGACCCGGGAUUUCUGGGUCGCCGUGGUGGAGCGCGGGGCCGAACCGGACCUCUGGCUUCAAGUGUUAGUAUCGGUUCUGUUACUGGCCCUCUCGGCGCUCUUCAGUGGCCUGAACCUCAGUCUGCUCGCGUUGGACCCGGUGGAGCUCCAGGUUCUGCAGAACAGCGGCACGGACAAGGAGCAGAAAUACGCCAGGAAAAUUGAGUCAGUGCGGCGGCACGGUAACUACGUCCUGUGCACUUUGCUGCUGGGCAACGCGCUGAUCAACGCGGCGCUCGCAGUGUGGAUGUGUCAGAUCCUGGGGAUGACCUGGUUGUCCACCAUUAUCUGCGCGUUUGGGAUCUUUUUCAUCGGGGAGAUCCUGCCGCACUCUGUUGCGUCGCGGCACGGCCUGGCCAUUGCGUCCAAAACCAUCUGGGUAACCCGUCUUCUCAUGGUUCUCUCCUUCCCCAUCUCCUACCCCAUCAGUAAACUCCUAGACUUCAUCCUCCACCAGGAGAUCAGUAACUUUUAUACGCGGGAAAAACUCCUUGAGAUGCUGCGUGUGACCGACCCGUACCACGACCUGGUUAAAGAGGAGCUCAACAUCAUACAGGGCGCGCUCGAGCUCCGGACCAAGACCGUAGAAGAUGUUCUGACUCCGCUAACCGACUGCUUCAUGCUCACCUCGGAAGCGGUGCUGGACUUUAACACCAUGUCGGAGAUUAUGCAGAGCGGCUACACGCGCAUCCCGGUGUUUGAAAACUUGCGGUCGAACAUUGUGGAUAUUCUGUUCGUGAAGGACUUGGCGUUCGUUGACCCUGAUGACUGUACCCAUCUGAAGACCAUAACACAGUUCUAUAAACACCCCAUGCACUGUGUGUUCAACGACACCAAACUGGAUGCCAUGCUGGAGGAGUUCAAGAAGGGCAAGUCCCACCUGGCCAUCGUCCAGCGGGUCAACAACGAGGGUGAGGGGGACCCCUUCUAUGAGGUCAUGGGCAUCGUGACCCUGGAGGACGUUAUAGAGGAGAUCAUCAAGUCAGAGAUACUGGACGAGACUGACCUCUACACUGAUAACCGUUCUAAGCGUCGCGUUUCUCACCAUGAGAGGAAGCAGCAGGACUUCUCCAUCUUUAAGCUGUCGGAGAACGAGAUGAAGGUGAAGAUCUCUCCCCAGCUCCUCCUCGCCACGCACCGCUUCCUGUCCACGG